AUGAGAGUCGCUGGUCUUGCCUUAGCCGGCUCGGCCGUGGGCUUGAAAUUUCCAAAGCCCAUUUACUACGACGAUCCUGACUAUACUUUUGAUUUUCCAGAGACAGAAACAGAAAAGGCUGCUAAUUGGACUCUAGAAGACAGAUGUGGUCAAGCAGCGAUUGCUGGAUCGGCCAAUGAUCAAAGAAACGACAUCAACUGUCCGAAUGUCAUCGUCAUCAAUACCGACGACAUGUCCUGGGCGGAUGUGACCAUCAACAAUCCUUCGAAACUCGUCCCGACACCGAAUAUUGAUAAACUCGUUUCGAAGGGAAUUAACUUUCGCGACGGCCAUUCCUGUACUUCCCGAUGCGCCCCAUCCCGAUACUGUCUCAUGACUGGUCGGUACCACUUCCGCCGUGGUGACUAUCAUUACAAACCAAUGAAGCUCGAGUAUGGUCGAAAAAUCCUCCCUCAGCUUUUCAAACGAAACAACUACCACACGAUGGUUGUCGGAAAACCUCAGCCAGUCGAAGAAAAACUCGAGAGAAACGGCUGGUUCUUUGUCGAAGGAACACGAUUCUGGGGCUACGACAAGUCGUUUACCUCUCGAUCGUAUUGCUGCCUCCCCGGAGGAGGGUACUUCGAAAAUGACUACCCUCUUUCUCCAUUCGAUAAGUGGGCGAUUUUCACUGAGUUCAGAGAUGAAAAUGAAGAUUCUCUCUGGGUCCAGGACGAAGAAGCCGAGUGGGAGUUUUUCCGACAGCCAGAGAACUGGCACUUCCUCGAUGGAUACUACAAGGAUGGUCAGGAAGAGAACGGCCGUAUCCAAAACGCCUACAAGGCGUACUGGAGCGCAAUAGAUCAAGGGCUCACCUCUGGCCUUAAUGAUGAUGAACAGCCGUCGCGAAAACGCCGAAGACGAUUCGCGAAUGGCACCCUCGCCGUUCGAGACCACCGAAAUCAUCGAAGAAGAAGAAACGCAGAAAAAAUCAACGAGGGUCAAAAGCCCCGAGAGCUCGGAAGAAAGAAUUUCCUCCGAUUCCGAAACCGAAAAAGCGAAGAAAACGAUGAAAACUCUUGA